AGUUUAUGCAGAUGCAGCGCCUACGCCACCCUAUUAUUCUCUGUUACGGGAUAUUUUUUUUUUAUAGUUUCAAACGACGUCGUUUGUUUUUUAAAAAUUUUUAAAUAGAGGUUUCUGCUUUUCUCUCUCUAAUCAUUUUAUUCAGUGAUGAAAUCCAUUUUUCUCUCCACAAUAAUUGAGGUUGGGCGGCAGACGCUGUCGUGUCGCCCCGUCAUGAAUUCAUCCAUAGGAAAGUGGGGUGACCUCUGGGGCUGUUGGUAGUUGCUUGUCAGUGGAUGAUGAAUAAGUAGAGAGACAACAGGGGUUAUUGUGUAAUUGAAUUAAAAUUGCGGGCUUGAUAUUAUGCUUUUGUCGGUUUCCUUCUUGUUUCCUGUAUGCAAUGUGCAAGCCUCCUCCUGCAAUCCCACAAUAGAGUUCCGAUUUACCCGAGUUACUUGGGUCCGUUUUCAAUCUGUUUUUCUUUUUUUAUUGUUUUUUGAUUUGUAUCGGAAGGGGAAUUGUUUGAUUUGUUUGUUUCAGGUAAAGGACUAAAACUUGAGGAAUCUAGAUAGAUUCUGUAGAACCUCAAGAUCAUGGAGAGUGGUGUGGAGCUGGGGAUGUCAAAUUCUUGCUAUGAAGAUGCGUCCAAAUUGGACCUGGGAUUUGGACAUUUCGGCUGCUCGCACUAUCGAAGGAGAUGUAAGAUUAGAGCACCCUGCUGUGAUGAGAUAUUCGAUUGCAGACACUGCCAUAACGAAUCAAAGAACUCCAUGGAAGUGAAUCCCCUUGAUCGUCAUGACGUCCCUCGUCACGAACUGAAAAGGGUUAUCUGUUCUUUGUGUAGCACUGAACAAAAUAUUCAACAGUACUGCAUCCAGUGUGGGGUUUGCAUGGGGAAGUACUUUUGCUCCAAGUGCAACUUCUUUGACGAUGAUGUCUCUAAGCAGCAGUACCAUUGCGAUGAAUGUGGAAUCUGCAGAACUGGAGGGGAGAAGAAUUUUUUCCACUGUAAUAGAUGUGGAUGUUGCUAUUCAAUCUUGUUGAAGGAUUCACACAAUUGUGUGGAAAGAGCAAUGCAUCACAAUUGCCCUGUUUGCUUUGAGUUUCUCUUUGAUACGACGAAAGACAUUACUGUCUUACCUUGUGGACACACAAUUCAUUUGGAAUGUGUUAAACAGAUGAAGCGGCAUUUCCAGUAUGCUUGUCCCGUUUGCUCAAAAUCAUAUUGUGAUAUGUCUUGUGUGUGGGAAAAACUAGAUCAAGAGGUUGCCUCAACACCUAUGCCUCAAAUUUAUCAAAAUAAGAUGAUUUGGAUUCUUUGCAAUGACUGUGGGGAGAAAUCGGAAGUGAUUUUCCAUAUUGUAGCACAGAAAUGUAUGAGAUGCAAUUCAUACAAUACGAGACAGACACGAGGAAGUCCUACAUCUUGCUCAUCAGGGUUUUAGAGAUGGUGAGAUGAGUAACUUCUGAUUAACCGUUAGUUCUUGAAGACUUCUGCACAAUAAAAACUGUCAUGGAAUAAGGAGAUUUCAGUUUUUAUUCCUGCAACAAAUCCUAAUUAUUCAUAUGUAUGUUACUUGAGAACCCUAAGCAACUCUGCUUUGGCUUAUUGGGUGAGAUCAAAUGGAUCCCAUUUCUAGGGAAACUGCCGAAUAUCGGAUCGACAAAUAACUUCUGGUUCAGAUAAGGCUUUGCUGAAAUGGAAAUGUGGCAAUUGAUGAUGUGUUUUGUCACAUAGAGAAAGAUGGCUGUUGCCAAUAAAGCCAUGACUUCUUUGCAAAAGGUAUAGGGGGAGAGAGACUUGACAGUAGCAAUAGAAACAAAUAUCCAUGGAUGGAGUGUACUGGGUAUCUUAUCCCUCUUUAUCAAUCCAAUUCCACGGUUAUGCAAAGAACUUUACUUUGUUCCUUGGAUUGAAUGAAGUUCUUGUGUAAGUUUCAGACAGAAAUAAUAAGAUUGUUUACCAGAACAACAAUGAUAACUAGGUCUUAAUUCCAAACUAGUUGGGGUUCGUCGCUGCUGCGAGGAUUACUGAUAUCUCAUGUCUCGCGGAGUCUUUUAACUCUUAUCGCUUAGCUCAACAAAUUGAAUUUCUUUCUUUUUUGAAAAGGUAAAAGAAGGGGGGGCUUGGGAGUGCUAUUCCUGAAUUCCUUAUUCAAAAGCUUCUCUUUUUGGUAGACAACCAUGAAAGUGUAAAAGCUACUUUAAAGAUUAUGUAUUAAAGAGUUUCGGGUAAUAAAUUGAAUCUGUCAAUAAUCCAAAA